AUGGCGGUGACGUCAGCCUGCAAAGAUGGUGGGAUGAAGAUGCAAAUGGACAAUGGCAAGUACGUAAGGUACACACCAGAGCAAGUUGAAGCUUUAGAGAGGUUGUACCAUGAGUGCCCAAAGCCCAGUUCUAUGCGUCGCCAGCAGCUCAUUCGCGAGUGCCCUAUUCUCUCCAACAUCGAGCCUAAGCAGAUCAAAGUCUGGUUCCAGAACCGCAGAUGCAGAGAGAAACAGAGGAAAGAGGCGUCUAGAUUGCAAACUGUGAAUAGGAAGCUGACCGCAAUGAACAAGCUUCUGAUGGAGGAGAAUGAUAGGCUGCAAAAGCAGGUGUCUCAGCUCGUCUAUGAGAACAGCUAUUUCCGCCAGCAGACACAGAAUACGAACCUUGCCACCACAGACACAAGUUGUGAGUCGGUGGUGACGAGUGGUCAACACCAUUUGACCCCUCAGCAUCCACCAAGGGAUGCCAGCCCUGCAGGACUUUUGUCCAUUGCAGAGGAAACUUUAGCAGAGUUUUUAUCAAAGGCCACUGGAACUGCUGUGGAGUGGGUCCAAAUGCCUGGGAUGAAGCCUGGUCCGGAUUCCAUUGGAAUCGUUGCUAUUUCUCACGGUUGCACUGGUGUGGCGGCACGUGCAUGCGGCCUUGUGGGUUUAGAGCCUACAAGAGUCGCUGAAAUCCUUAAAGAUCGGCCUUCAUGGUUCCGAAAUUGCCGAUCUGUGGAUGUGCUAAAUGUGUUGUCCACUGGCAAUGGUGGAACCAUUGAACUGCUUUACAUGCAGCUCUAUGCACCCACAACUUUGGCACCAGCUCGAGACUUCUGGUUGCUGCGCUACACGUCUGUUUUGGAAGAUGGUAGCCUUGUGGUUUGUGAAAGGUCACUUAACAACACUCAGAAUGGUCCAAGUAUGCCACCGGUGCAGAAUUUUGUGAGAGCAGAAAUGCUGCCAAGUGGGUAUCUAAUUAGACCUUGUGAAGGUGGUGGGUCAAUCAUCCACAUUGUUGAUCAUAUGGAUUUGGAGCCUUGGAGUGUACCUGAAGUCUUGCGCCCACUUUAUGAGUCUUCAACACUUCUUGCUCAGAAGACAACGAUGGCGGCUUUACGCAACUUGAGGCAGAUUUCACAAGAAGUUUCUCAGCCUAAUGCUGCUGGUUGGGGGAGAAGGCCUGCAGCUCUACGUGCUCUUAGUCAGAGAUUGAGCAAGGGCUUCAAUGAAGCAGUUAAUGGGUUUACAGAUGAGGGGUGGUCUAUUUUAGAAAGUGAUGGUGUUGAUGAUGUUACCCUUCUUGUGAACUCAUCCCCGGGCAAGAUGAUGGGUGCAAAUCUUUAUGCCAAUGGAGUUCCAUCAAUGAGCAAUGCUGUGUUAUGUGCCAAAGCUUCCAUGUUACUCCAAAAUGUGCCUCCAGCCAUUCUUCUUAGAUUCUUGCGAGAACACCGAUCGGAGUGGGCUGACAGAAGUAUUGAUGCUUAUUCAGCUGCUGCUAUUAAACCUGGUCCCUGUGGCCUACUAGGGUCUCGAGCUGGAAGUUUUGGAGAUCAAGUUAUUCAUCCACUGGCUCACACAAUUGAGCAUGAAGAGUUCAUGGAGGUCAUUAAGAUCGAGAACAUGGGCCACUAUCGAGAAGACAUGAUUAUGCCUGCAGCUGACAUCUUCCUCUUGCAACUAUGCAGUGGAGUGGAUGAGAAUUCGGUCGGGACCUGCGCUGAACUUGUCUUUGCUCCCAUUGAUGCUUCAUUUUCUGAUGAUGGUCCAAUUCUACCUUCCGGUUUUCGGAUCAUUCCUCUUGAUUCUCGGAUGGAUGCCCCCAGUCCAAACCGUACACUUGAUCUUGCCUCUGCUCUUGAAGUUGGACCCGCAGGAAGCAGAGCAUCUGGUGAUAAUGCAGGUCACUCUGGAAACACAAAAUCUGUGAUGACCAUAGCAUUCCAGUUUGCAUUUGAAAUUCACCUUCAAGACAAUGUAGCUUCCAUGGCUCGCCAGUAUGUCCGCAGUAUUAUUGCAUCAGUACAGAGGGUAGCACUGGCUCUCUCCCCUUCUCGUUUUGGUUCUAAUUCUGGUUUCCGGCCACCACCCGGCACUCCUGAAGCACAAACACUCGCUGGUUGGAUCUGUCAGAGCUAUAGGUGCUAUCUAGGAGAAGACUUACUAAAAAGUGAAGGAAGUGAGUCCAUUCUCAAAUCUCUUUGGCAUCACUCGGAUGCUAUCUUAUGCUGCUCUUUGAAGGCAUUGCCAGUUUUCACAUUCGCAAACCAGGCAGGCCUUGACAUGCUCGAGACGACGUUAGUUGCACUUCAGGAUAUUACACUGGAAAAGAUUUUUGAUGACAAUGGAAGGAAGGCCCUAUUCUCUGAGUUCCCACAGAUAAUGCAGCAGGGUUUUAUGUGUCUUCAAGGUGGCAUAUGCAUGUCAAGCAUGGGAAGGCCAAUCUCCUAUGAGAGGGCAGUGGCAUGGAAGGUGUUGAAUGAAGAAGAAACUGCUCACUGCAUCUGCUUCAUGUUCAUCAACUGGUCAUUUGUCUGA